AAACCAAAACUUAGUUCAACUUUAAUUUGUUUAUUUCUCCAAAGCCAUUUGUUUUCUUACAUUUCAGAGUGACACAUGCACUUCACAAACCAAACUCAAAACAAAGCUUGCCUUUUAUAUAUUCCUUAAUUUGUUCUUCCCUUCCAUUUAGAGAGAAAACCAACAUGGCAUGCAUUGGCAUGUUUAGUACAUGUCCAUUUGAGGUAUCUUUGGUCCAGUAUGAAGGGCUUAGAAUGACACAAAAAAUGCAAAUGUUUUCAGCUGCAUGCAUGCCAAAAAGAAACAUUUUAGCUUCAGCCAAGAAAUGCAAAACAAUCAAGGCCAUGGCUUCUCCAACUGUUACAGCUCCUAAAAGAGAGAAAGAUCCAAAAAAGAGAGUAGUAAUAACAGGAAUGGGUCUUGUGUCAGUCUUUGGGAGUGACAUAGAUACAUUUUACACCAAGCUUCUAGAGGGAGAAAGUGGUAUAAGCCUAAUAGAUAAGUUUGAUGCCUCAAGCUUCCCCGUCCGUUUUGGUGGUCAGAUACGCGAUUUCUCUUCAAAAGGUUACAUUGACGGCAAGACUGAUCGGUGCCUCGAUGAUUGCAUGAAAUAUUGUUUAGUUGCGGGAAAGAGGGCACUUGAAGAUGCUAAUCUUGGAUAUGAAACCCUUAACAAUAUGGACAAAACAAGAAUAGGAGUUCUAGUAGGAUCAGGAAUGGGAGGUGUAUCCACUUUUAACAAUGCUGUCGAUGCUCUCACUCGAAAGGGUCAUAGGAAAAUUUCUCCAUUUUUCAUUCCCUACACCAUUCCUAACAGCAGUUCUGCUUUAUUGGCUAUAGAAACUGGCCUAAUGGGACCAAAUUAUUCCAUUUCUACUGCUUGUGCAACAGCAAAUUACUGCUUUUGUGCAGCUUCUCAUCACAUUAGAAGUGGUGAAGUAGAUAUUAUGGUGGUUGGUGGUACCGAAGCUUCACUUAUACCUUCUGGUGUUGGAGCAUUCAUUGCUUGCAGGGCAUUGUCUCAGAGGAAUGAAGAGCCUAAGAAGGCUUCAAGACCAUGGGACAAACACCGCGAUGGCUUUGUCCUUGGCGAAGGCUCUGGUGUCCUGAUAAUGGAGAGCUUGGAGAGUGCAACAAAGAGGGGAGCAAGAAUAAUUGCUGAAUAUUUGGGUGGUGCCAUAACAUGUGAUGCUCAUCACAUGACUGAUCCUAGAUCUGAUGGACUAGGAGUAUCAUCUUGCAUAAACAAGGGUUUAGAAGAUGCUGGGGUUUCUCCUGAAGAGGUGAACUAUGUGAAUGCUCAUGCCACAUCCACACUAGCCGGUGACUUAGCUGAGGUUAAUGCAAUCAAACAAGUUUUUAAGGACACAUCGGAAUUGAAAAUGAACGGGACUAAGUCAAUGAUUGGUCAUUGUAUUGGUGCUGCUGGUGCUUUGGAAGCUAUAACAACCAUCAAAGCAAUAACAACUGGCUGGUUACAUCCAACCAUUAACCAAGAUAACUUGGAGGAGGAUGUUACAAUUGACACUGUCCCUAAUUUUAAAAAGAAGCAUGAAGUUAAUGUUGCUAUCUCAAAUUCAUUUGGGUUUGGUGGACACAAUUCUGUAGUUGUCUUCGCCCCAUUCACACCCUAAUUGUAAUUCAAACUCAAGUUAAUUUUGUAUUUGUUACAUUACUUGAUCUAGUUAGUGUUUUGGGGACUCUAGUUCGUAUGGAUUAUGUAAGCAAUUAAAACUUGUUACUUUUAAAGUAA